ACCGCAGACGCUCAACAACACUUCUUGCUUUGAAGUCCGCUUCCUGCUCAGAGGUGAAGAACAAUAAAUACAGUGAGGCUGUCCGCAAAGUCUCACAAGUGACUGAAGGAAAUAGGAGGAGUAGAAUAUGAAUUUGCUUCAGUAUAUCUGAGUGCAUUUCUAACUGAAAGGGCCAUGGAGAUGAGCUUGGCAUGCAUUCUUAUUUUCAUUCAGCUCUUUGAAGCCUACGCAGAGUUGAUCUUCAGGCAGCUGAUGGAGAACCAGUCACUGGGGCUCUCCUGUUCCCCUCAGUUGGAACACGGCAGCCUGAUGGGCCUCCAUCUGUACCAUCGCAGCAGCCAGAGCCAGACAACCCUGCUGUCCAUGGCAGAGGGUGACAAACUCAGGGUCGACCCAGAGCACAGGAAGCGUCUGCAGUUCCGUGGAGGUCUGGACUCCCUGCAGGUCAAUGUGACCAUGUCCCAUUUACAGCGCAGUGACACAGGAGUCUACAUGUGGGAGCUGAGCUACAAAGAGAACAACUCGGAUAGGAUCGCCGCCUGCGCUCAAAAGGUCUUUUUGUUGGUUGAAGGAACAGGGAGGCCGUGCCAGUGCUCUCCCAGCUACCCUCCUGUGCUGUUCACCAUCUUCACAGCAGCAGGAUUUCUUCUGCUCACGCUCAGCUGGCUGGCCACUGACAAAUGUGUGAAGGCAAGGCGUCGUCACAGACCACCACCGCCUGCUCCUAUCUAUGAGGAAAUGACCAGGAAGCAGCAGAGCGCUGGAAUCCCUCAAAAUAGCCCAGAGGCCCACUCACACCUGGAGGAAGUCAACUUCCCCGUGUACGCCAACCCCAACAUCCGACAGCCACAGGACAACUACUACGCCUGUCCCAGACAGCUCGCCCUCAGAGCCUGACGUGACUUCUGGCAUCGCACUAAUGGUGCAGCAAACAUUUUACAGGAAAUGACACCAGCUCUGCCGCAGAGAUCUGAUAUGAAAGAGAGAGGUGACUUCUCAGCCAGGAAAUGAGAAAGAUCUCAGUUUGGUGGAGCCGAGCGGAGGUGCAAAGACAAACACCAAAUGACACUUUUUUUUUACAGCCAAGAAAAAAAUGCUAUUUUAUUAAUAUUUGAAAGAAGCUCCAUAGUUCAUGAAAACAUUUGUUUCGGUGCAUGUCAUUUAACAAUCACAUUCUAUGAGGAGAAAGAGAUAUACAGAGAGAAAAAAUAAAACAUUACAAGCCACUGACUUUUCAUUAAAUCUCAGUACAGACAUUUUUACUUAAUAUUUCAAAAACAAACAAAAAAAAAAGGCAAAAGAAAGAAAAAACAAAGCAGCCCUAAUCCCAUAACUCCCACCCCGCCCUCAAAACAAAAAACUUUAACAACUGAGAAAAAACCCUUGAGGGUGACAGGCUAGAAUCCCACAGUGCUAAAGAGUGAGACGCUCAUUGGUUUUUAGGAAUACACAGCAUGGCGAAGGAAGCUGGAGGCGGAGGGCUCACCUCUCCGCCCUCCCGCACCCCCUUAAAAAAAACUAAAAACCAAAAAAAACCCAACACAUUGGAUCCCAAAAACCCCUGCAAUAGAUCAGCCACUUAGAAGUAGGCCAUAAAAUCCCCAUCUUCCACCCCCUCCCCCCAAACACUUGUGCAUAGUUUCAUGAUCCUUUACAACCAGCUCAUGUUUUACAAACAUCCUCCAAAGUGUGAAAAAUGCUCCACAAAAGUCUGAUUCAUCUAGUAAUAAUACCCGCUGUGGGAGAAUGAGAGAGAGAAAGAGAGAAAGAGGAAAGAAAGAGUAAUGCACAAUGUUCCUGAUUCAGUCAGGACGGGACCUCAUUAAGAAAACACAAUAAAGAUUUAAACAUACAGCAUUUUGCAUGUUAUUCACUGUCUUUCUUUUUUUUUUUGAACAAUCAAAAUCAUUGACCUUUUUUUGUUUUUAAAUGUAAAGCAAUUUUAAUAUAUAGAUUUAUAUAUAAAGCACUCCAUUUUCAUUUAAAGUCCAUUAUUUGGUUAUUAUGUAACUGCUACGGAUUUAGAAACAAAAGGUAUUUUCUCUUCUUCUGAAAUCCAUAACUUUCAGUGCUUAGAAUUGUUUCUUUUAAAUCAUCCUUUUUUUGUCUUUUUCUUUUUUUUAACUCAUCAUAAAAAUGUACAUUAAAAUGGCGUGGAGUUGGUACUCUGGAACCCUGGCCUUCCUGAGACAAGAUCCACUUUUUCGUGUGUGUGCAAGAUAGUGAGCAAUUAUGUCUUUUUUUUUUCUUAUCUUUUUUUUCUGUUUUUUUUUAUAUAAAGGAAAAAAUAUAUAUGAUCAACAUAAAACAUACAGGCUUCAGAUAGUCCAUGAAAUCAACAUUAACACAGAACAAAGAAAGGUUAAACAGAACAAGACAACACUGUUCAAUCCCAGAGUUCUGAAAGUAGCACAAGAAAUCUUCAUUCUUUGAAGUGUUGCACGUUUUUGUUUUUUUGUUGUUUUUUUUUUAAAAAUGGAAGCAUUUGUCCUUUUUUUUUUUUUUUAAAUCUUUUUCCAACAUUCCCAUGGUUUAAUUCCUUUGUGUUGCUGAUUUUUUUUGAACUCCAGAAAUAAACAAAGUGUUUGUAAACUGUCAGUGGCCUUGCAGGAAAACAAAUGACAACAUGAGUGAAUUGAACAUAAGUGAAAACAGAACGAAAGCUAACAAACCAAAAAGGUAGGCACCUCUGAAGUGAGCCCUAGAAGCCAAGGCUCAGUCUGAUGUCUUGUCCUUCACUCUCUCUGUUGCUCAGAUUUGGGAGAGCUAUAGUCCUUCUACCCCAAUCUAUGGCCACAGGUCUGCAAAAUACUUUUUUUGCUGCAUUUUUUUGUAUACAUAUGUGAUUUUUUUUUCAGGUUUUCUUGGGUUUUUUUUUCAGGUUUAUAGUCCGAAAAAUGGUGCAAUACUCAAUUAUGAUCCAUACUUUCUUGGAUUAUUCCACAAUGAAAGCCACUAAGGUAGAUAAACAUUACAUUUUUAAAAACACACUUAUUUUUAGUCCUUGAGUAAACAUUUACACAUGAACUGUCCCCGUCUCCCCUCAGUACUUGUAUCAUGUUGUUCGUUUAGCUGGAUGAGGGGUGAGGCCGACACUCAGUGCAACGCUAGAGGCUAGUAACAAUUAACAUCAGAAUAUAUUUUUGACAAGCAAAAAGAAAAAAAAAAAUUAAAACAACAACAAAAGUAUACUGAAUUGAAAAAGAAACACAAGGCGGAGGUUCCUCCGCUGUAAUCA